AUGCAAGGCGACUUGAACUUUCGGAAAUUCACCCCAGAACAAGACGAAACGUUGAUAUGGAAUAUGCUCCAAAGCGUCGAUGUAAAGUACAUCGCAGAGGAACUUUCACGCCGUGUAUGUGAUGUGAGAAUUAGGAUGAGAGAACUCCGUGCCCUUCGUAUUCCAACGGCAGAUAUCAACAACCAGUACCAAGCCCUCAAGAGAGAUAGAUUAUGGGGGCCUCUGUCAAUGGAAAUCCAUGGCAAUUUAAUCUUAUGGAAGAAGAUCGAGUCUUCUAUGGCUCAUAUCUACCACCAGGAAGCGGUCUUCCGCCAUGCGCGUUAUAGAAGGCACGCGAAGUCAAUGUGGGAAGAGAUAGCAGGCAACUUAAAUCUUGAUUCAAGCAAAUGGGUACUACUCGAGCAGCAGCAGUGGCCACAGCUACUGUUGGAAUUGGAAACAUCCCAACGUGAGGAGACUCAACGGGAAUUUGAACUGUCACACCGAACUUUCUUUGGGCCAAGAUUUCACUAUCCCAGUUUACUUGUCGCCGGACGGCAGGCUAAAUACGAUGAGUAA